UUCUUUAACCCAAGCAGUAAAGCUAUCAUUAAGACCCCAGUGACCUCCUUGUUAUUAAUUUUCUUUUUUAAUUUCUUUUUUCUUUAGAGAUAGGAUCUUAUUCUGUCACCCUGGCUGUAGGGCAGUGGCACAAUCAUAGCUCUCUGCAGCCUUAAAUUCCUGGGAUGAAGCCGUCUCCUGCCUCAGCCUCUAAAGUAGCUAGAGGCACAUACUACUACACCCAACUUAUUUUUUGCAGAUUCAGGGGCUUGAUGUGUUGGCUAGGCUGGUCUUGAACUCGUGGCCUCAACAAUCCUUCCUUCUUGGCCUCCCCAAAUACUGGGAUUACAAGUACGAACCACCACAGCGGGAUUCACUUCCACUUGUUAAAUUUAAUGGAACUUUUGAAUACUGUUUUAUUUUGUAAUCAAAAACUACCUUUUUACUUUCUCUUUCCUUAGUCUCCUUAGAAUUUCUCCUGUUUGCUACUUAAAACCAGUGCUUCAGAUUUAAUGUAAUCAAAUUCAUAAUCUCAAAGGUUCUUUUAGAUAGAAAUUGGCAAGCUGAAUCUAAAAUUAUGUGGAAGUGCCAAGGACUUAAAACAGUCCAUCUUGAAAAGGUAGAAUCAAGAUGGAGAACUUGUAAAUAAAGAGCAUAGAAAUAGGUCCAAUCUUAUAUAGUCAGUUUUUUGUAUAAGGAAUUAAGUCAGUUCAGUAGGGAAAGGACAUUUGUUUCAAGGUUCCUGAAACCUUUGAAUAUUCCUAUAGAAAAAAAAUCAACCUCAACUUCUUUCUCAUCCCUUACACAAAAAUUAACUUGAACUAGAUCAUAGAUCUAAACGUAAAAUCUAAAAUGAAAAUAUAUUUUAGACAAACACAUGGAAGAGUAUCUGUAAAUUUUAAGUAGACAACAGUUUCUUAGAACACAGAAUGCAAUGAUCAUAGAGGAAAAAAAAUUGAUAAGAAGACUUUAUCUGUUCAUCAAAAUAUAUCUUUAAGAAAAUAACCAGUCACAAAUUCAGAAAAGAUAUAUGCAGUUGCACUCCACAAAUUGAUGUUUUAGUCAAUGAUAGACUAUGUAUAUGACAGUGGUCCCGUAGGAUUAUAAUUGAGCUGAAAAAUUUCUUGUUACCUGGUAAUGACAUAGCUUUCCUAAUGUAGCACAAUGAAUUAUUCGCAUUUGUGGUGAUAGUGUAAACCUACUUUUCUUCCAGAUGUAUAAGGGCAUAGCGCAUACAGUUAUGUAUAGUACAUAAUACUUGAUAAUAAGCGACUAUGUUACUGGUUUAUGUAUUACUGAACUCAUCCUUAUUUUAUAGUGUAUUCCUUCUAUGGAUAAAAACUACUGUAAAACCUGGCCAGGCACGGUGGCUUGCGUCUGUAAUCCUAGCACUCUGGGAGGCUGAGGCGGGCGGAUUGCUUGAGCUCAGGAGUUUGAACAGCCUGAGUAAGAGUGAGACCCCAUCUCUACUAAAAAUGAAAAACUGAGGCAAAAGGAUUGCUUGAGCCCAGGAGUCGCUGUGAGCUACGAUGCCAAGACACUUUACUGAGGGCGAAAAAGUGAGACUCUUGUCUCAAAACAAAACAAAACAAAAAAAACAACCAAACAAAAAAACUGCUGUAAAACAGUAAGCCACGUUACCCCAGCAGCAGCCUCAUGCAUCUCAUGUUUACCAUUGUCUCUUGAUUAUAUAAUUUUCUCUUAUGCUUGAUUUACUCUCUUUAUAUCCCUUAGUAUAAAAAAAUCCAUGGCUAAUGUUACCAGAAAGAGGCCACAGUUGAGUGACUGAUCUGGAAAUGAAAUUAAAUUGAUUAGGGACUGUAAAUGUAGAAAUUUAAUGAACGUUAUUGUUCACCAGGCAGGCAUGCCCCAUUCUACCAUAGCUAAGCUCUUUAAGAACAAGAACAAAGUGAUGGAAGCUGUUAAAGGAUCUGCUUCAUUGAAGGCAAUAAGACUAACAGAAAUUCAAGAAGGGCCUAUAUCAGACGUGGAGAAACUUCUAAUGACCUAGAUUAGGACCAGACACAAAAGUGUAUUCUCCUCAGCAGCAUGAUAUUCAAAGAAGUGGAUGGACCCAAUACAUUGUUGAAUUUACUGUUAUCUCUCGGUGGUUUAAACCAGUGGUUCUCAACCUUCCUAAUACUGCGGCCCUUUAAUACGGUUCCUGUGGGUUGCGACCCAAAGGUUGAGAAUUGCUGGUUUAAACCAUUUAAGAAUCAUAAUUCACAUUACAUAAUACGAAAGUGAGUGUUGAGUCUGUGAAUGCUGAUAUGAAAGUAGCUAAAGAAUUUUUGGAAGCUAGAUAAGCUGAUUAUGAAGGAAAAUUAUUUGCCAGAGCAAAUCUUCAAUAUGGAUAAAACCUCUCCAUUCUAGAAAUGGAUACUUGAAAUGAUUUUCAUUCAUAAGGAAGCCAAGUCAAUGCCAGGUUUCAAGCCUCCUAAGGACAGGAUAACCUUCGGGGCAGGAUAGCAGGCUAUGAAUUGAACCCCUCAUGAUCUGGUGCUGUGAGAACUGUAGCACCUUCAAGUACAUCAGUAAACACACUAUCUUGUACUACAGGAGCACUAAGAAAUUAUGGGCGACUCAGCCUCUGUUCCAAGAUGCUCUCCUGAAUUGCUGUGCCAGCGAAAUGAAGUAGUACUGUUAGGAGAAUAACGUAUCUCAAGAUUUUGCUUAUUGUUGAUAAUGCUCCCAUACCUCCCCUUACUGGUGGUCUUCAUUCCAAUAUCAGAAUUGUUUCUCCCUCCACUCAUCUGAUCAACCAGAGGGACUAGGAGUUACAGCAGCUUUUAAGGCAUGCUUCCUAAGGAGGACCUCCACUCAUACUACUGCUGCAACUGAGAGGAUGCUGAUGCAUUGCUGAAGGAUUACAACAUCUGAGACUCAUCAGGAACCUUGCUUGGGCUUGUGGUGAUGUCACCAGGGAGUGUACAGUGGCAUCUGUUUUUUUUUUGUUUGUUUGUUUUUGGCCGGGGCUGGGUUUGAACCUGUCACCUCCAGCAUAUGGGGCUAGCGCCCUACUCCUUUGAGCCACCUGGAGCCGCCCUAUAGUGGCAUCUGGAAGAAGACACUUCAGAAAUUCGUCUUUGACUUUAAACGAUUUGUCAAGGAUGAGGAAGGUUGCAAAAAUCAACAGGGGCUGUGGUUGAGAUGGUAAACAACUUUAAACUGUAUGCAAAUAUUUAUAGCUGUUCCCUUCAUGUUUACCAAUAACUUAAAAGAGCCUAGGUAUUCCCCAGCUGGGGAAUGUAUAAACAAAGUAAUUUUACGAUGGAAUGGUACAAAUAUUGUAACUAAUAAGAAGGAAUAUACUACUGGUAUACAUGACAAGAUGGUUAAUUCUCAAGUAUGUUUUUCUUUUUUUUCUUAUUUUUUGAGACAGAGUCUCACUUUGUCACACUUGGUAGAGUGCUGUGCUGUCAUAGCUUACAGCAACUUCAAACUCUUGGGCCCAAGUGAGUCUCUUGCCUCAGUUUUUCAUUUUUAAUAGAGAUGGGUUCUCUUGCUCUUGCUGGUCUCGAGCUCCUCGAACUCCUGAGCUCAAGUGAUCUACCUACCUUGGCCUCCCAGAGUGCCAGGAUUAUAGGCGUGAGCCAUCAUGCCUAGCCUCAAGUAUGUUUUUCUAAGUGAAAAAGGCUAGACUCAUAGGCUACAUAUUGUAUGGGUCCAUUUAUAGGACAGUCUUGUAAAGGCUAAACUAUAGGAACAGAAAACAGAUUAGUGAUUUCAGAGGUGCGUGUGGGAGAGACUUGACCACAAAGGAACAAAGAAAGGCCGGCACAAUGGCUCAUGCCUUUAAUCCUAGCACUCUGGGAGGCCAAGGUGCGUGGAUUACCUGAGCUCAGGAGGAGACCAGCCUGAGGAAGAAUGAGACCCUAUUUACUAAAAAAUUAGCAAGGCGUGGCGGGCAUCUGUAGUCCCAGCUACUCAAAAGGAUGAGGCAAGAGAAUCACAUGAGCUCAGGAGUUUGAGGUUGGUAAGAGCUAUGACACCACAGCACUCUACCCAGGGUGAGAAAUUGAGACUUUCUCAAAAAAAAAAAAGGGACACAGAAAUAUUUAUGUUGAUAAAACUUUUAUAUUUUCAGGUGACACCUGUAGCUCAGUGGGUAGAGUGCCAGCCACGUACACUGAGGCUAGCAGGUUCAAACCUGGCCCAGACCAGCUAAAAAAAAAAAAAAAAAAAUCAAUGACAACUGCAACAACAAAAAUAUAACUGGGUGUUGUGGCGGGCUCCUGCAGUCCCAGCUACUUGGGAGGCUGAGGCAAGAGAAUUGUUUAAGCCCAAGAGUUUGAGGUUGCUGUGAGCUGUGACACCAUGGCACUCUACUGAGGGUGACAGCUUGAGACUCUGUCUCAAAAAAAAAUAAAAAAAACCCCACAACUUUUAUAUUUUCAUUGGUUUGUGUUUGUUAUUGGACGAAGAGGGUCCAGCCACCUGUUACUGUCAGCAAAUACGUAGAGAUGGGGAUAGGUCUACCAAACUUUGUCAGAAGGCUGGGAUUCUGGAGAACAGUGAGAAUGGUUUCUCUAAGACUGUUCUGUUGUUUUUUUUUUUUUAAUUGUAGGUUUAUAUAUGAAAGUUUAAAGUAAAGAUUAUAUUAACUCUUAUUUUAAAUAAUUAUUAGUAUAACCCAGUGACCUAUUAUAACAUUCUAAUUUAAAAGUUAAUUUUUUAAGUCAAUCUACCUAAGCUACUUAAAGUAGGCAUCUUUAAGAUGGGAGAUAAAUUUAUCAAAUAAUAAAAAUGGGAGACACGGAGUAAAAGUCAGACAAAACUUAAAUGGACCAGACCAGUUAUACCAUGUCCAUUCUAGCCUACUUGUCUCCAUCUUAUUUUCACUACAUAUACUUUCAUGUUUGUCAAAACACAGAUUAGAGAAAAUCCACAGUGAAAAUUUGGUGGGGAAAUUUAUAGUCCUAAAUGCAUUUAUGAAAGAACAAGAAAUGCUCAUAGUAGUUAAGCAUUACUGAAGAAGUUGGGAAAAGGACAGAUGAAAGAAAGAAGAAAAUGAUAAAGAACAGAAAUAGAAAAUAAAAUAAUCAUGUGGAGAUGAUCAGCAAACCAAUAGAUGAGUCUUAGAAAAAAUAAACAAUUUUUAUAUUAAUGAGCCUCUAGAGAACGCCUCAGAAGUAAAAGAGGCACAAAUAAUAUUGAGAACAACAAAAAAUUUUAUGGAUAAAAAACAGGAAUAGCAUGAACAAACACUAACAAUUUUGAAAACUUAAAUACGUAUAUUCUUGAAAAAUAGAUGUAAGAAGAAAGAAAAUCUAAAUAGGCCAAUAAUUAGGGAAAUAAUUGACUCUUAAAAAGAAGCAAAUUAUCAGCUCAGACUACCGUGCCAGCCACAAACACUGGAGCUGGUGGGUUCAAAUCCAUCCCGGGCCUGCCAAACAAUAAUGACAACUGCAACAAAAAAAAAAAUAGCUGGGUGUUGUGGUAGGUGCCUGUAGUCCCCAACUACUUGGGAGCCUGAGGCAAGAGAAUCGCUUAAGCCCAGGAGUUAGAAGUUGCUGUGAGCUAUGACAGCAGAGCACUCUACCCGGGGCACCAGCUUGAGAUUGUCUCAAAAAAAAAAAAAUUGUGUACUUUUUAAUUUUUUUUUUUUAAGACGGAGUCUCACUUGUCUCCCCCCCUCAUUUCGGAGUGUAGGAGCAGAGAAAGCACACUUUUCAGAUUAGGGCUCCACGACAGUAGAAAGAGUUUUAGUAUUUUGAGGAAGCAAGCAGAAGAGUUGGAGGCCAGCCGGGAAGAAGUACAGACCCAGUGUGCUCAUUCUGGGAAAGGGAAGAGGCGCAGGGUUUGUCGAGGCUGAGAGCAGAUCCACAACCAGGCCUUGAUGACAUAACCAAGACCCUGGUGGGGAAGUGAAGCAUAUUUCCAGCAUCCUCGGAUCUAUACCCAGUACUCGGUGGAAGGGAAGCCUGGGGAGGAAGUGAGUUUAAUUUAACUAUUAGGAAGGUUUUUAGGCCAGACAAGUCAUUGUAAAGAUUAUUUGUAUAAUGUUUUACACUUGACUGUUUUUUUUUUUUUCUUUUGGCCGGGGCUGGGUUUGAACCCGCCACCUUCGGCAUACGGGACCGGCGCUCUACCCCUUUGAGCCACAGGCGCUGCCCUACACUUGACUGUUUUUGCAGUAGGUGUCCAGGAUUAAAGAAGCAGUAGAAUGUCCCUGGCUGCUUAUUGUGUCAUCUGUUGCAGAAGAAUAAGAACCUUUGCUCCUCUGCCAAAAAGGGACACAUACUGGAGAGAGAUCAGAAAUAUAAUAAAAUUUACUGGAUCACUUAUUUUAGGAGGUUCUUUGUUUCUUACAUAUGAAGUUCUGGCCCUGAAGAAAUCUUUGACAUUAGAUACUCAAGUGGUAGAAAGAGAAAAAAUGAAGUCAUAUAUAUAUCUUCACCAAGUUUCUUUAGAUAAAAGAGAAAAUUAUGGGAUUGUCUACCAGGCAAGAAAAGAGCUACAUAAAGCAGUAAGAAAAGUACUGGCAACAACAGCCAAGAUAUUACGGAAUCCAUUUGCUGGCCCUUUCAGUACUGUUGAUAUAGAAGAUCACGACUGUGCCACGUGGCUGCUGCUGAGGAAGAGCCAGUCAGAUGACAAAGCUGAGCGAUUGGAGGCUGUGCAGGAAAUGUCAGAGAGCCACCACUGGCACGAUUACCAGUACAGGACAAUUGCUCAGACCUGUGAUCCGAGAGUUCUCAUUGGUUUGGCACGAAGCCAAGAGACUGAUCUUCGCUUUUUUCUCCCACCACCUCCUUUGCCAUCUUUAAAAGAAGAUUCUUCCACUGAAGAAGAGCUCCAACAGCUGCUGGCUUCUUUACCCCAAACGGAUCUAGACGAGUGUGCCCAGUAUUUUACGUGUCUGGCUCUCAGUGAAAGCAGUCAGAGUCUAGCUGCUCAGAAGGGUGGCUUAUGGUGUUUUGGAGGUAAUGGACUUCCUUAUGCUGAAAGUUUUGGAGAAGUUCCUUCAGCUACAGUGGAAAUGUUCUGUUUAGAAGCUAUUGUCAAACAUUCUGAGAUAUCCACACAUUGUGACAAAAUCGAAGCAAAUGGAGGCUUGCAACUACUUCAGAGGCUGUAUCAGCUUCACAAGGACUGCCCUAAAAUACAGAGAAAUAUAAUGCGUAUCGUCGGAAAUAUGGCUUUGAAUGAACAUCUUCAUUCUCCUAUAAAUCGCUCAGGCUGGGUAUCCAUAAUGGCAAAGGCAAUGAAAUCUCGCCACAUUAUGGAGGCUUCACAUGCUGCCAGAGUCUUGGCUAAUCUAGACCGAGAAACUGUGCAAGAAAAAUACGAGGAUGGCGUGUACGUGCUGCACCCCCAGCAUCGAACCAGUCAGCCCAUUAAAGCAGAUGUCCUUUUUAUUCAUGGCCUUAUGGGAGCAGCAUUCAAAACCUGGCGUCAGCAGGACAGGGAGCAGGUUGUAACUGAAAAGGCUUUGGAUGAUGAAGACCGGUAUACGACUUGCUGGCCCAAGUCAUGGUUAGCAAAAGACUGUCCUGCUCUCCGGAUUAUAUCUGUGGAGUACGACACUACCCUCAGUGACUGGAGAGCACGGUGCCCCAUGGAAAGAAAGUCCAUUGCAUUCAGAAGCGGUGAAAUUCUUAGGAAGCUCCGAGCUGCUGGUGUGGGGGACAGGCCAAUGAUUUGGGUAUCACACAGCAUGGGAGGUCUUCUUGUUAAAAAGAUGCUGUUAGAAGCCUCCAAGAAGCCGGAAAUGAGUACUGUCAUAAACAACACCAGAGGGAUAAUUUUCUAUAGCGUCCCUCACCAUGGGUCACAUUUGGCUGAAUACUCCAUUAAUAUUCGCUAUCUUCUCUUCCCUUCUUUGGAAGUCAAAGAACUCAGCAAGGAUUCUCCUGCACUUAAAGAACUACAGGAUGACUUUCUGGAGUUUGCUAAAGACAAAGACUUCCAGGUGCUGAAUUUUGUAGAAACACUACCCACCUAUAUUGGCAGCAUGAUUAAACUCCAUGUGGUGUCCGUGGAAUCAGCAGACUUAGGCAUUGGAGCUCUAAUUCCUGUGGAUGUUAACCAUUUGAACAUUUGUAAGCCAAAGACAAGGAAUGCUUAUCUGUAUCAACGCACUUUACAAUUCAUCCGUGAAACUUUAGCCAAAGACCUUGAAAACUAACAGCUGUCUUCUUCCAUUUUUCAUAUGUGAAUUCAGUG